CUGCGAACAGAUGGUUCACUCGUGUAUAAUGCGCGAGUAGUAUUUGACAGAAGAGUGACAGAGGAUGAUGCUAACUUUGACAGGGUUAUCUCGUUUAAUAAGUUCAAAAAAACGAGGAAUAAGCAUAUAAUCGAAUGAAUAACUUUGAUUUAAUAUAGUGACGGCUAACGGUCGGCCCAUUGCAUUGUGUUAAAAUUACAAAUUGUGAUUAAUAAAUGCGUUCAAAGUUCAUAACUUCUGUGAUGACAAAUUGGGCUUGUGCAAGAAGCGCAAAAUCGUAAUCGAGCCAACAAAACAACACCUGUAGAAUUCUUCAUCAUAUUUUCUUGGUUUUGUUUUAAUUAUAUCAUGAAGAAUAUCAUAUAAAUAAAUAACUAUUUAUAUUGAAAAACAAAAAGAAUAUAUUUCAUUUGACGAGUAAACUUUCGACGAUAUCGACUAAACAGUGAGAAAUAGAAUCAAAUAGAAAUGGAGGGUGGAAUCGUGGAAACAACUACGGACCAGUCAAUUAAUUCUAUGACAAAUCGUUCGGAGGAUGAAAUUGCUUUGCAAGGAUUUUGUAGCCCAAAAAAAUUACCUUACAGAUUUGUUGGAUUAACGUUAAUGUGCCUAGUUGGUUUCGGCUCAUAUUUUUGUUUUGACAAUCCUGGAGCUUUGCAGGAUAAUUUCAAGACUGACUUGCAAAUGUCAACCAGUAAAUUUGUUUUACUCUAUUCUAUUUAUUCCUGGCCCAAUGUAAUUCUUUGCUUCGUCGGGGGAUACUUGUUGGACAGCGUUUUCGGUAUUCGUUUGGGUACUGUUAUUUAUAUGGGACUUACUCUGAUCGGACAAUUAAUCUUUGCUACCGGUGCUAUGAUCAAUGCAUUCUGGUUAAUGAUGGUUGGAAGAUUUGUUUUUGGCAUAGGCGCGGAAUCAUUGGCGGUAGCUCAAAACAGUUAUGCUGUACUUUGGUUUAAAGGAAAGGAAUUGAAUAUGGUAUUCGGAUUACAAUUGAGCUUUUCUCGUAUAGGAUCUACCGUUAACUUUUUAGUAAUGGAACCAAUUUACAAAUAUGUAUCUCAGUAUUAUACCGGCCCAGAAUGUAUCGGCGUAGUUUUAUUUCUUGCUUCUAUUACUUGUGUGGGUUCUAUGAUAUGCGCUUGCGUUUUGGGUCUAAUGGAUAAAUAUGCUGAAAGAUUGUUAAGGCGUGGAGAAGGACAAGAACCAGAAAUUGUUAGUUUAAAAGAUGUUAGAGACUUCAAGCCUAUAUUUUGGUUAAUCACUCUCGUUUGCAUCGCUUAUUAUGUAACAAUCUUUCCUUUCAUAGCAUUAGGAAAAGUAUUCUUCGAAAGGAAGUACGACUAUGAUCCUUCAAGUGCAAAUACCGUUAAUUCUUUGAUUUAUACAAUAUCAGCGAUUGCUUCUCCUCUUUUGGGUUAUUUAAUAGACAGAAUUGGAAAAAAUGUAUUUUGGGUUUUUCUUAGCAUAUGCGUGACUAUGGUAGCACAUGUGCUAUUAGCGUUUACAUAUGUGAAUCCAUAUGUAUGUAUGAUACUCAUGGGACUUGCAUAUUCCAUACUUGCUAGCAGCUUAUGGCCUCUGAUAUCUCUCGUUACGCCUGAAUAUCAAUUAGGGACUGCUUAUGGCAUGGCCCAGGCUGUACAGAAUUUAGGUUUGGCUAUAGUUUCCAUUUUAGCUGGAAUUAUUGUUGAUAGAGGCGGUUACAUGAUGCUUGAAAUUUUUUUCCUUGGAUGGCUUUGGAUAUCCUUGAUAACUGCGGCUGCAAUUUGGGUCUCGGACUUGGCAACAACCGGUGGCUACUUGAACAUGACACCAGGACAACGCGAAAAAUACGAAGAAAUUCGUCAUACUCCCGAAAGCUUGGAAAGAAAGAAACUAUUGUCGCCCGAAUCUACUUCGGAUUUAUCGGUAGAUGAUAUUUUGCAACCCCAAUCCGACAUUAGUAUCAGAAAUCGCUAUUUAUCUCGUGUUGGUGCAAUGGUACCACCGCAUACUACAAAACCACCGGCUGUUCAUCGGCCAAUACGAUGAUGCUCUGCAUUUAGUUAAAAAAUGUAGAUGUAAUUUUCUUUUUGGAAAAACGAUAAUCGCUAAAGAAAGAAAAAAGAAAAACAAAAUAACAUUCGCUGUCUUCCUUCUAAAUAGUGCUAAUCUGUGAUAAUUUUUUCUUAAAAUCAUGAGAUAAUAUUUUUUACUUUGGAUGUCUAAUGUUAUUUGAAAUGAUUUGCAACUAAAUCAAUCGAUUGAUCAAGAUUUUAUUAUUGUAAAAUCGAUGAAAUCAUUUUGGUAUCGGGCAUAAAACAAUAGCAACAGCCAUAACGACAACGUAUUAAGUGUUGACACUGCGACAUUAAUUAAUUAUGAAUAAUUGUAAAAUUUUUCUCUUUUAUAAUCACAUGUUUAUGAAACAAUUUUAACUAUGUGGGAUUAAUCUCUGUACUUCUGAUUUGGUUUGCAAAGACGUUGUUACAAUUAGAUAUAAGAUAAUUAUUCGUUAAAUU